AUGUCCAAGGUCGGUCUGGCAAAGGUCAAGUUGAAGCGGCUUUCGGAGGUCAUCUUCAGCGCCUCUCUCACCGAAGACACGGCCGGCGACUCCUCGUCCAGCUCAUGGGCGAGUAGCUCUGCUGGGGGCCAAGGCAGCACGCCAGGCGGAAUCGAGGCCGAACAGCCCGAGCUGGCGCAUUUUCGAGAGUCCAAGGAGAUCUCCGUCUCCAAGGGCGACGCUGGACCAGGUGCGGCGGCAGUCCUUCCGCGGACCGUCAACAACGCAACCUAUACGUACAUCACCCCAGAGCCGCUGGCGAACCCUAUUCUGAUUGCAGUGUCCGAGUCGGCAGCGGCUCUUCUCGAGGUUGACUCACGCGAUCUGUGUCGGCGAGACUCGCUCGACUCCAUGUCGAUGGCACGGCCGUUCACGACCGAAUACAACACCCGCCCGUGGGCACAUGUCUACGGCGGCCACCAAUACGGCAUCUAUGCGGGGCAGCUCGGAGACGGCCGUGCCUGCUCGGUCGGCGACAUUGUCAACUCCGAAGGCGAGACGUGGGAACUCAACAUCAAGGGCAUCGGCAAGACCCCCAUGUCCCGCUUUGGCGACGGAUAUGCCACUCUCCGCAGCAGUUUGCGUGAAUUCCUGGGCAGCGAGUUCAUGGCCGCCCUCAGCAUUCCGACGACUCGGUCUCUCUACAUACUCGGGGGCACCCGCCCCGUAUACAGGGAGAAGAUGGAGGCCUCCGGAGUCCUCGGGCGGCUCUGUCCAACAUGGGUGCGCUUCGGGAGCUUUGAGCUCUUCUGGUACCGGGCCGAGAAGGAGCGCAUCCGGAAUCUGGCCGACCACCUCAUCAGGCACAUCUUCCCGUAUGUCAUCCGACCCGAUGAAGACAAUGGGGAAGGCCCAGAGAGCUCGAUCAUCGACUCGAAGCAGCGGCUGAGCAUCCGAACCUCAGUCCGGAUGAGCACCACCAACCAGAAGCAGGCCAGCGUCACAAAAUCCAAGAAUCCCGCUCUGCAGAACACCGUCAAGAUCGAGGUCGAGCUCAACAAGUAUGCUCGAUUGUUUCGCGAGAUUGUGCAUAGGUCUGCGAUCCUCGUAGCAUCAUGGCAGGCCGUGGGAUUCUGCCACGGAGUGAUGAAUACGGAUAACAUGUCCGUGGCUGGGUUCACGAUGGACUAUGGGCCGUUUGGAUUCAUGGACAGCUACGACCCAUUCUGGGUCUGCAACUCUUCCGACCGCAUCGGCCGAUACAGGUUCGAGCGCCAGCCUCGCAUCAUGCUCUGGAACCUCACCAAGCUGGGGCGUACUUUUGUGGAGCUCAUCGUGAGCCGAGAAGACUAUGCCGACUGGAUUGAACGGCAAAGAAUGCGGGGUGUCAAGAGCUAUGACAGCGAAUAUGACUUUUGCGUCAAAGGAGAAGAAGUCGUCCGCGAGCUCCUCAGAGAGUUUGAGCCGGCGUUCUUUGAGACGUAUGUGGCUCUAAUGAGGAAGAAGCUUGGGCUUCGGACGGCCAGGAAGGACGAUAUGGAAGUUCUUGUGGCGCCGCUCCUGGCCCUGCUCGCAGACACAGCAUGCGACUAUACCCAUUUCUUUCGGGCCCUGUGCUCCUUCCGGACCAACGAGGCCGCCAUGAGAACUCAAACGACAUAUGACCCAGAGAGCAAUAACUGGAGAGUCGGAAUCAAGACGCCGCCACUGCUGCUACUGAUCAACUCGGCGCAAAAGCAGAGGAUGGUCAUGAAGACGGGCGAGCCUCGGCAGACGCCGUCAGUGCCGCAAUCGGCGAUGGCAGCCAGCAUGAGUGGCGCCAGCCAGCCAGCGACUGCCCAGCAAACUCGGCCAGCGACCAGGAUGACGGAAACAAGUGCGGCAGCAUCGGAGCUUGCUCCGUUCACAAAAACCACUCCCCCAGAAGCCUUACAGCAAAUCGCGGAUAGUCUCGAUGGGCCCGACGGUCCUGACAGCCCGCAAACCGAAGCAAAUGGUGCUGCCGACCGGACCAGUCUGGAUUCGAACGAUGGCAUCCCUUCGAUCAAUGAGAUUGUGGAUCGCUGGAAAGAAUGGGCCCGCUUGUAUCAGAGCCGACUCGUUGAGGAGGGCCCGGAUACGGCCGGCGGGAAGAGCGUCGGGAGCAUGGACAUGGAGGACAUCCAUCGCAUGAAGCGGAUGCGCCAAGUCAAUCCGCGCUAUACCCUGCGCAACUGGAUCCUCGAUGAGGUUAUCGAGGCAUGCUGCUCAAAGCCGAACCUCCAGCCGAUUUCCCCGACCAAGCGCCGCGGCGGUCGCCUUCAGACGGCUACGGCUUCGCUCGAUGCGCCCCCGCCCAUGACACCCAACAACGAGUUCCCUGAGCUCGAGCGCAUCAUGCGCGUGAUGCUGCAGGAUCUCUAUGGCGAUGUUGCCGAGUCGUCUACGGGCUGGAAGAACCCGGAAGACAAGGCCGCUGCCGACAGAUGGGCUGGCGAAGUUCCAUGGGGCAACGCCAACAGCCAAGUCGGCUGUCUCUCCUGAGAUCGGCCGCAGAAAUGUUGGGUCCUUUGGAAGCUGUGUAUUGGUUGCUCUAUCAGAGUAAUCGUAUCGGUGACAUGGCCUAACGGCGAUCGCAAUGAGCUUCUGUCGAGUGGCGGUUGGAAAGCGGACUAGUGUGCUUGACCUGCUUCACGCGCAAGGCUGUAGAAUACAGACUUUUUGUUCUGGAGAAGGGUCUUGGGGCUGUCGAAUUCGACGAUCUGGCCGCGGUCUAGAACCAUGAUG